UGCGUCCAAAGAUAAACGACAAGGCUGGCGGCGCGGCCCCCCCCCCCUUCCCGGGGGCUGUCGAAAGACAAGCGUGCGGUCCCGUCCGAACUCGUGGCGGCGGGGUAAGACAAUCAUAUUGCGCUGCGCGUGCCCAUGUGCGCCCGCACAGGUCAUUUCCGCUUUCCCGGGUUUGGCCUCGCCCUCCCGGUUCCCGGCCUACUCCGGGUCUCUCCUACUAUCGGCGCAUUCCCCCGGAGCUACGCAUCUUCACUUGGAGUAGUGUACUUAGUCGUCACCAACGUUAUCGCCCGGAACGCGGUGGUCCAAGACGGGAGUGGGGCACUUUGGCUCCUUUGGACCCUGUGUUUCGGUGGCGCGCCGGGGUGGCCCUGGCGCGUUUUCUUCUUACAUCACGGAUACUCUUAGCAGAAACUCGCCUAUCUAUCAAUCUAUCUACACUAUGCAGAAUAGAACACUACGCAGUACGGAGUGUCUAGCGUAUGAACAUAUGGGGCACAUAUAUACAUUGAUUACUACUUUCGAUUGAAUCCGUAUCUGCGGGCCCCUUCAGUCUCCAUCUCUUCACCCUACAAGGUGUCCUUGCUAAUAGAUAAGUCGCGAGGCCCUCCUGGUCGACGACCCUUGGUCUAAACGUCCAUAAGUAGAGUUUCAGGGAGUUUGGCGAAAACGCUGAAACUCUCCUGCAGCCCUCAGUUUGAGAAAUGGUGAAGCAGGUGCUCUGAGAGCGUGCAUUUGGAUACAUCAUGUUUUCUCUUUCCUGGAUAGCUUCGGUCCAGGUACUGUAC